GACUAGUGACUACGAUGAAUUAUCCAAUUCUCACACCUACGGCUUAUCACCGGUGACUCAUCGGAAUUGUAUAUGGACUCUUUGCUGGGUUUCGCACGCUCCCCAGCUACUGCUUUCUUGCGCCGUCCCCUGACCUACACUUCAACACCAAUCAGAAAUGGCGGGCUGAGCUUCCGAGCAAAACCCAACGACGAAAUUGACCCACUACUCCAUGACGCCAUCCAUUCAGCCUCUCUUCGUUUCCGAGAGACCCAUCGACCAGAGCCUCUGUUUGUUGAUCCAUAUGCGGGCUGCUUUGUUCAUCCCAAUGCGCAGAUGGAUAUGAAGCAAUGCUCACACCAUUACUGCCUUGCUACUAAGUACAUUGAUGAUAAGUUGCUUCGUACAGUGAAUCAUAUUGAUGGACUCAAGCAGGUUGUUUUGCUAACAGAUGGCAUGGACACUCGGCCAUAUAGGCUUAAUUGGCCGACUUCAACCAUAAUAUUUGAUAUAUCGCCGGACCGGGUAUUCAGUGGAGCAGCUGAAAAGCUUAAAGGUGUUGGGGCUAAAAUCCCAAGAAGUUGCUUAUUCCUUCAUGUUCCAUUGGAGUCCUCCGACUUGCAACAAACUCUACGUGCUAAAGGCUUUAAUGGUAACCGGCCUAGUAUAUGGGCCAUGCAGGGACUGCCUGUGAUGACCUUGGCAAAUUUUGAGGAUAUUUUGCUAACCGUAAGUGGUUUGUCCAUGAAUGGAUGUGGCUUUUUGGGUGAAUUGCCGGCUUGGUUGGCAGAGACUGAAAUAGUGACCAAGGCUAGUGCAAGGGAAUGGAUAGAGAAGUUAUUCAUGAACAAUGGCUUUCGGGUGGACAUGAUUCGCUAUGAAGAAGUCGCAAAGAGUUUAGGCAAAGAAUUAGCAGCAGGACCUUAUAAGAAUAUACUAUUUUCCUCAGAACAACUGCGGUUUUCUGAUGAUCAGAUGGAAACAUGGAGAAGAGAAUUUCAACGAGUUGAGGAACAAGGGGAUGAAGAAGGUUUUGAAGAGCUCUAAUAGAAAUUGGGUAGCUGUGGCCGUAGUAAUAACAUAGUGCUUCUUUUGGUGGUCUUGUUUUUUCCAGCCUCCACAUCGUAAAUUCUUGUAAUAAAAGGUUUUGGAAUCUGAUUGUUCUAAUUUUUCUUGGUUGGUAUACGUCAGGUGUCAAUGGUCCAUCUCCAUAUUAAUGUCUGCUUCUUGCUAAUCUCAUAGCCUCGUGUAUGUCAAGAGCUAGCCUUUUUGUUUUUCAAUUUGAACAGUCGCUGUUGCUGAAAGUUUGUUGAUGACAGAUUCUCC